AUGUCCACCUCCGUAUCAGCAGCAUCUAAGCCUCAUGAAGAGACUCAGUACUUGGACCUGAUUAGGCAGGUCAUGCAAACCGGAGAGACGCGCCCGGACCGCACAGGGACGGGUACAAUCUCCAUCUUCGCACCCACACCCUUCCGCUUCUCUCUCGCCAACAACAUUCUGCCGCUCCUGACAACGAAACGUACCUUCUUGCGAGGAAUAAUUGAGGAGCUUCUUUGGUUUGUGAAGGGUGCGACGGACUCGGCGCUGCUAUCACAGAAGGGGAUCAAGAUCUGGGACGGAAAUGGCUCACGCGAGUUCCUCGAUUCACGCUCCUUGUCCCAUCGGCGCGAAGGCGAUCUUGGUCCUGUCUACGGUUUCCAGUGGCGACACUUUGGCGCAAAGUAUACCGAUGCAGAUGCGGACUAUACCGGUCAAGGUGUUGAUCAGCUUCGUGAAGUCAUCCAUAAGAUCAAGGAGAACCCGACGGAUAGACGCAUUAUCUUGAGUGCAUGGAAUCCAGCUGAUAUACCUCAGAUGGCACUUCCUCCUUGCCAUAUGAUGUGCCAGUUCUACGUCCAUCUACCGCCAGCCGACGAUCCUGCCGCACGUCCUCGCCUUUCGUGCCUCAUGUACCAACGUUCAGCCGAUCUUGGACUGGGCAUCCCAUUCAAUAUCGCAUCCUACGCAUUGCUCACCUGCAUGAUUGCACAAGUCACGGACACCAUCCCUCACGAGCUUAUCAUCCAACUUGGCGAUGCGCACGUCUACCGGGACCAUGUCGAGGCGCUCGAGGUGCAGCUGCAGCGCGAACCACGACCGUUCCCGACGAUCAAGUUCAAGCGCGAUGUGAAGGACAUCGAGGACUUCCAAUACGACGACUUUGUCGUGGAGGGCUAUAACCCUCACCCGUCUAUUGCGAUGAAGAUGAGCGUGUAA